AUAGAAUUAAAAAGGAAAAUGGAAAAAGAAAAGAGUUCUUAACUUUUUGUAUUAAGUUAAAUUGCAAAGUUUGAGAACUCUAAAUUUCUUUUCUGGGAAUUGUUCAAAUCUUAUCAGCUAAAUUCUCUAGCUGGAAUAUAGGCUUCGGAUAGAGAGAAUCAUCGCGGCUUCCAACGCGUUCGGCGAAAAAAUGGGCAGUGUUAGUUUGGAGCAUUACAGUCUUCUGAUGGAGAAUUCUCUAACUUAUUCUUGGUGGACCAAGAAGAAGAGAAGUUUUAGAUUAUUCAAGUCCAAAGGUUCUGCUAGUAGGAGGGGAGAUAAAGAGGCCUGCACGAGCUCCAAGCCUGUGAUAUCGAGAGUCUAUUGUAGGAAAAGGAAGCAUUCCGUAGACGAUCAAGAUUUAGCGCUUGAAACCAACGACAAAAGAAGCAGCAAAGUUGAAGCUGUUCCUAAAGAUGUGAAACACUCUUCUGAUGAUGAUAUCAUGUUAAGUGAUUGGAUUACUAGGCGGAGGAACACCGUGGAAAAUAGGGAAGAUAAGGGCAAAGAAGAAGUUGAUGCUAAAUCUGAAGAUGACGAUGAUUGCACAAUAUUAGAGAAUCAGAGUUCUAAAAGAUUCACUAGUAAAAGGAAAGACAGGCGCCAACUAGAACUUGAAGAAGACAUGGAAUGGGAAGAAGAAGUUAACCUGAUUUCUAAGAUGAAGGCAUCAUCCCGAAGAAGAAGGAAAGCUUCCAACAUUCCUGAAAAUGACACAGUUGCUACUUCUUCUCAGUCACGUUCGCCAGAUUCAGAAGUAUUAGAUGCCCUUUUGAAAAUUGGCAGUUCUGAUGACUCCACAACCAUUAGAAAUACUUCAAAGGAGUCUAAGGAACGCAAUGCAAUUUGCCACCAGUGCUUGAAAGGGGAAAGGGUAACUCUUCUCAUCUGCAGAGAAUGUAAAGACACCAUGUAUUGUCUUCAAUGUACAAGGAAAUGGUAUCCACAGUUAUCUGAGGAUCAUGUCGUUGAUAAAUGUCCUUCCUGCCGCAAAAACUGUAACUGCAGCAGAUGCUUGCAUUUGAAUGGUUUAAUCAAGACAUCGAACAAGGAACUCUCAAGUUCUGAAAGACGCCAGCAUCUCCAAUACUUGAUUUCACUGAUGCUUCCAUUUCUGAAAAAAAUAUCUGAAUCCCAGAGUGAAGAGAUUGAAAUUGAGGCAAAGGUUCAAGGAAUACUGCCAUCUGAAGUUGAUGUAAAUAGGGCAGUAAGCUACUGUGAUGAACGUGUAUACUGUGAUCAUUGCGCAACUUCAAUCGUUGACUUGCACCGCAGCUGCCCAAAGUGCUCUUACGAGCUUUGUCUGAAAUGCUGCCAAGAGAUUCGCCAAGGAUCGAUCUCUGAACGCCCUGAGAUAAAGUUACACUAUGUUGACAAAGGAUACAAGUAUAUGCAUGGUCUAGAAAUGGAGCCGAGCUCCUCUUCUGUAUCUGAGGAGGACGAAGAAGCUAAACCAUCCCCUCAGUGGAAUGUUGGUUUCAACGGAAGCAUCACUUGCGCACCGAAAGCACUAGGUGGUUGUGGCGAAUGUACGUUGAAGCUUCAGCGAAUCUUACCGCGGAUGCGGAUGUCAGACUUGGAACAAAAGGCAGAGACUCUCUUGGCAUCGUACAUUAUAAGCCUCCCUAGAGCGUUGAACUGUAAGUGCUCUGCCUUGGAGACAGAUAUGAGAAGGAAAGCAGCUUCGAGGACGACAUCAAACGACAACUACUUGUUCUGUCCUGAUUCUCUUGAUAUCUUGAAGGAAGAAGAGCUUCUGCAUUUCCAAGAGCAUUGGGCUAAAGGUGAACCAGUAAUCGCCAGGAACGUUCUUGAUAGCACACCUGGUUUAAGCUGGGAGCCGAUGGUUAUGUGGCGAGCUUUAUGCGAAAAUGCGGAUUUAUCAACAUCAAGUUCUAAGAUGUCUCACGUCAGAGCAAUUGAUUGUUUAUCUCAGUGUGAGGUGGAGGUGAACACUCGUGACUUCUUUGAAGGUUAUAGCAAGGGAAGAACUUAUGAAAACUUCUGGCCUGAGAUGUUGAAGCUAAAGGACUGGCCUCCUUCUGAUAAAUUUGAAGACCUUUUACCUCGCCACUGUGACGAGUUCAUAUCCGCAUUACCUUUCCAAGAAUAUAGCGAUCCUAGAACCGGAAUUCUGAACAUUGCAGCAAAGCUUCCUGAAGGUCUCAUCAAACCGGACCUGGGUCCAAAAACUUACAUUGCCUAUGGGAUUCCAGAUGAGCUUGGUAGAGGCGAUUCCGUGACUAAGCUUCACUGUGAUAUGUCUGAUGCGGUUAAUAUAUUGACGCAUACGGCUGAAGUAACGUUAAGUCAAGAGCAGAUAUCUGCAGUUAAAGAUAUAAAGCAGAAACACAAGGAACAGAACAGGUUCGAAACAAAUGGCACUGGUGUUGCAUGUAGCCAAGAGGAAGUAGAAAAGAACAUGCCAGAGAUUCUGAGCCAUGAAAAUGAUGAAACGGGAAAUGCCCUUUGGGACAUAUUUAGGAGAGAAGAUAUUCCUAAGUUGGAAGAGUAUCUGAGAAAGCAUUGUAAAGAGUUUAGGCACGCUUAUUGUUGCCCAGUCACAAAGGUUUAUCAUCCGAUACAUGACCAAUCAUGCUAUUUAACCGUUGAGCAUAAAAGAAAACUCAAGGCGGAGUUCGGGAUCGAACCAUGGACGUUUGUGCAAAAGCUAGGAGAAGCGGUGUUUAUUCCUGCGGGCUGUCCUCAUCAAGUUCGGAAUCUGAAGUCGUGCACAAAAGUGGCAGUAGACUUUGUAUCACCAGAGAACAUUAAAGAGUGUCUGCGUCUGACAGAGGAGUUUCGCCAACUUCCCAAGAACCAUAAGGCCAGAGAGGACAAACUUGAGGCAAGUCUUUUCUCUCUUUACCAAUUAAUCAAUGUCUUCUUUUUGUUGUUGUAUGUUCGUGUGUUUGUGUUUGUGUGAGCAUACUGCAUCUAUGUAUGGUUGAUGCUGGUGGGGUUUAGCUGGAUAUCCGGGUUAUUCUUGGAUAUUUGGAUCCAAUUAGGAGAGAUGUGCAUUUGAACCGAACCAGAACCAGAACCGAACACUAAUCGGUUUACUCCGAAUCGAAAUUUUUAUCUUUA